AUGACUUUGGAAAAUAGUCUAUCGCCUGCCACAUUUUAUGGUAAAAAACAUUCAAGAAAAGUAAAAGCAGUCGCAGAGAUAGAUGAGUAUGUGGUUGAAUACCGCCAUAGAUUGGCGGACGCAAAUGACCCAAGUAGUACUUGGGAAGUGUUUAGAAAACAAGAAGCAGCUUUAAAAUUUGGUAAUGGCAAGUGUGGUUUAAUGGUAUUUGCAUUUCAACACCGGUUGGGUCGUAGGAGCUUCCUGGUUGCUAAUCCAAAGGUAUUUUGGCAUUAUGACGUUCAGAGAAAAGUUGAGGAAAGAUGCUCUUAUGAAAUUAUAGUAGAGCAUACGGUUUGCAAGCUCUAUUUCGACAUCGAAUUUGACAAACUUUCAAAUAAAACCAGUAAUGGGCCAAAAAUGAUUGAAACGUUUUUGAAGAUUGUAUUUCUUUAUCUUGAUAAAGAAUUAAAUGUAAAAGUCUCUCGAAAAAAUGUAAUAGAUAUGGAUUCAAGCACUCCUUCUAAAUUCAGUAGGCACUUGAUAUUUAUCAUACCUAAUGCUGCAUUUCACUGUAAUUACUGCGUAGGAAAUUUUGUCAAAUAUAUUUGCCAAGAAAUUACACACAGCGUCAGUGCAGAUGACCAUUUACUGCGACAGUUCUUUCAGCUGUCAGAGUUAGAGUCAUUGUUUGUAUGGGAUAGAAGAAGUGAGACUGUCCUGUUUUGUGACCAAAGUGUUUACACUAAAAAUAGACAUUUUAGGGUAUAUGGUUCAACAAAAUAUAUGAAAAACAACCCAUUAACAACUAGUGAAGAAGAUCAGUUUAAAUCAACACUGAAAAAUCAAAAUGAAUUGGAAUUGUGGUAUUUUCUUGAGUCACUAGUUACUUACUUUUCCAGUGAAGUCGGGAGAGUUCUGGAUUAUGGUUCAGACUGUGAAUCAUUUAAGCAAGGAAAGAAACUAAAAAGGCACUCAGAUUAUUCCUCUGCCUGUAAUUCACCAUAUCCUCAAAUCGACAAUUUUAUUAGUAAAUUUAUAGAUCCUGGAAGAAUUUGGCGUUGGGCCUAUUUCAGUUCCAAUGGGUAUAUUUCAUAUGACAUUAUUGGAUACAGAUUCUGUCAUAAUAUAAAUCGUGAACACCGGAGUAAUAACGUCAAAUACAUAGUGAAUUUGGCAGAAGCUUGUUUCUAUCAGAAAUGUCAUGAUCCAGACUGUAGAAGCUUCACUUCACAAGCCUGGAAAUUGCCACCGGAGCUUGCUUUCAUUCUUGAAGAUGAUGAAAUGUUUAAUACAGAUAAAACAGAAGUUGGCUUUGGUGAUUUUGAAUUACCUGAUGAUGCUAUGAUAGGAAUUCUAGACAGUGUUGAAUUUGAUUUGGUAUAUGCAGGAGGAACCACAUAG